AUUUAUUUUUUCUUUUUCUUUUUUUUUUUUUUUCUUUUUUGCCUUCCCUCUUCUUUCUUUUUUUUUUAUUUUUAUUUUUAAAUUUUUUUUAAACUCGCCCUCCCGAUGCAUCUCCUGCUGUCCCCCCCCGGCAUGGCCCCGCUGUGCUGGCUGCUGGGCUCGCUGGUGGCCGCGGUGGCGGGCGGGGGGUCGGUGCAGCAGCAGCCCCCCGCCCCCGAGCCCGCCUGCCCCGUGUGCCUGUGGCGGCGGCAGAGCAAGGAGCUGCGGCUGGAGAGCAUCAAGUCGCAGAUCCUGAGCAAGCUGCGGCUGAAGGAAGCGCCCAACAUCACCCGGGAGGUGGUGAAGCAGCUGCUGCCCAAGGCCCCCCCGCUGCAGCAGCUCCUGGACCUCCACGACUUCCAGGGGGACUCGCUGCAGCACGACGAGUACCUGGAGGAGGACGAGUACCACGCCACCACCGAGACCGUCAUCAGCAUGGCCCAGGAAACGGACCCGGCGGUGCAGAUCGAGGGCAGCCCCCACUGCUGCUUCUUCAACUUCAGCCCCAAGAUCAUGUUCACCAAGGUGGUGAAGGCGCAGCUGUGGGUGUACCUGCGGCCGGUGCAGCACACCUCCACCGUGUACCUGCAGAUCCUGCGCCUCAAGCCCGUCACGGACGAGGGCAGCCGCCACAUCCGCAUCCGCUCGCUCAAGAUCGAGCUCAACUCGCGCGCCGGGCACUGGCAGAGCAUCGACUUCAAGCACGUCCUGCAGAACUGGUUCAAGCAGCCGCACAACAACUGGGGCAUCGAGAUCAACGCCUUCGACCCCAACGGCAACGACCUGGCCGUCACCUCGCUGGGGCCCGGCGCCGAGGGGCUGCACCCCUUCAUGGAGCUGCGCGUCCUGGAGAACAACAAGCGCUCGCGGCGGAACCUGGGGCUGGACUGCGACGAGCACUCGACGGAGUCGCGCUGCUGCCGCUACCCGCUCACCGUGGACUUCGAGGCCUUCGGCUGGGACUGGAUCAUCGCGCCCAAGCGCUACAAGGCCAACUACUGCUCGGGCCAGUGCGAGUACAUGUUCAUGCAGAAGUACCCGCACACGCACCUGGUGCAGCAGGCCAAUCCCCGCGGCUCGGCCGGGCCCUGCUGCACGCCCACCAAGAUGUCCCCCAUCAACAUGCUCUACUUCAACGACAAGCAGCAGAUCAUCUACGGCAAGAUCCCCGGCAUGGUGGUGGAUCGCUGCGGCUGCUCCUAGAGCCGCCCGAGCCUCCCCUCCCCGCGCCCGACCCUCCCCCUAGA